AUGACCGAAGAAGUUGAAACGGUAGAUUUGACACCACAAACAAAAAGUUCAGAACCAUUGUCAAAACCUGUCAAAGAACUUACAGAUGAAGAGAAAAAUUCAAUAAUAGAAAGUGCCAGGUCUGGAAAUACAAACUCUAACUACAAAGUCACUUUUCAUAAAAAUGGAACGGCAAGUAUCUCAAAAAAGAAACAGACUCUCACAAAUAAAAUAUUGAAGUCUGAAGGAGCUUUCGAGACAACAGAUGGAAAAGUUUACUUCACUGACCAACAGUUCAUUAUAGAACAUCUCAUUGACUUAGAGUCGAAAUAUUCUAAACUUUACAACAAACACAAAAAGUUGAAAGGA